AUGCGUUUAGAUAGUCAACAUUCAUACAUUUCAAUAUUUAUUCGAAAUCCACAUUCUAUUACGUACUUAUCAUUUAAACAGAAUAUAACGAUAUUUAAAAUGGGUAUUAAUGCUUGUUGUGGCCAACGACCUCCUGAAAAAUUUGUUGGACAAUGGUCAAAUGGAAACGAAGUGCAAAUGACCAUUUCCGAAGAUGGUCAUAUUUUUUAUAGAAAACAGGAACCCAAUGGCAACAGUGAGUUUAAAGGCAAUGGUCGUUUUGAUGAGAAUGGCUUUUGGAGUUGUGCAUACGGCUGUUUUUUUCUUAAUGGUGUUUAUGAAGAUCAACGACGGCAGCAAUCAAUACUUACUGUCAAAGGUGAUGUAUUAACCAAGCAACCAGUUUCUGUUUCUUGA